AUGUCAGAGUACAUUAUUUCUACUCCAUACGAACCACUUAUUAAGCAAACUCACGGCUAAAAUAUUAGAAAUCAAUCAAUUAUUACUAUUGCUAUUGUAGCACUAAUAGCUGUUGGCUUCGCUUAAAUAUUUGGUAAAUCUGAUAACUAAGACUUCCUUGGAGCUAAAAAUUAAAUAUCACUGGCUGGAGUCCCUCAUUAAAUUACCAUUGCACGUGAAUACCCAGAUUAAAACUUUAUCGAUAAGUUUGCUAAUAAAGAUUUAACCCUAAUUGGCAAAAUGGAUGCAAUUCUAACUAAUAGCAAAGUCAAUGCUGAAGGAAAAAGAUUAGUGUUUUCUGAUGAUGAAGUAUGCAAUGUACAUUCUACUUUAGGCGAUUAUUAUAGUAUCUCUGGAGUGUAAGAUGCAGCUCUCGAUAGCAAUGGAAUCAUCUAUGCAAUUGCAACCUAAGAUCUAGGUAAUGAUUAAUACAAACGAUUCGGCUCCUUAGCAAAAUUCUAUUCCAAUAAGCUUUAUAGAAAUGUAGAGGUUUACUAGGAAAAGCCAGUCCUUAAUAAUGGUGGGGGGCUAUUCGCUUUAAGUUGCGGUUAGCAUAAUGAUUCACUCUACUAAGUAAUGAGAUGGAAUAAAGGUCUAGAUAGUUGGGAAAAGAUUGAUAAUAUGCUUGCUGAAAAGAUAGCAACUUAUUCUAAUGAAGUAGUCUAUAUCUAUAGAUAAUCAAGCAUAUUUGAACUAAUAAUUAAAAAGUGA